UUCCAAACUUUUGGCGGGGGUGUACAAUAAGCCUUUGUUUACCGAUCAUUCUGACUAAACCAAUCCAUGCGACGUUAUCUCAAAAUUUAACAGUUUUAAAAUAAAACAAUGAAACACAAGGGGAUGGUUUUAAUAUAUGGACUGGCUGUUAGUAUGACGUGUGUAUCAGUUAUACAUUAUUGGUGGAAGUUGACACUAACGCAAACAGUUGUGUAUUUGCAAAAGAAAGUCGACAACAGACAGCAUAUUUUGUAUACACAGUGGGUAAAUCAUGAUACCCGAUGGAGCAAUCCUAAAUGGAGCCCUGAUAUCCAACGGAGCCCUUAUACCGAAUCGCCCGAUAAAUGCCAACCAGUCAAACAUUUUGUAUUUAUCAAGGGUAAAAAAUGUGGAGGCUCAACGAUAACAAAUGUAUUUCUACGUUACGGCGAAACUCACGACUUAACAUUCAUUUUGCCUAAACCUCGAACGUCUUUAAUUACCAAAGAGGAUAUGGAGAGACAUAUUGGUGACGAUAUUGAUGUCAUUGUACAUCAUGCGAAAUACGAUGAAAAACUCAUGGAACGACUUAUGCCUAAAGACACCGUUUACAUAGGCGUUAUACGUGAACCACUAAAUCACCUCAAGUCCUAUUACAAUUAUAGAAACUUCGGAAAUAUUCUGUCAAAACCCACUUUGGCAAAGUUUGAGGAGAAUCCAUGGGAUUACAUGGAGGAACUGGGAGACGAGGUUAAAAACUUUCAAAGUGCGUGGUUUGGAUGGGAUGAAAACAAAACACUAGAUGAAGAUAUUAUUCGAAAAUUCGUAGAAGACAUUGAAAAGAGGUUUGAUCUUAUCUUGAUUACUGAUCAUAUGAAGGAAUCUCUUGUGCUACUGAAGGACGUACUUUGUUGGUCAUUAGAUGAUUUAUUAUUUGUAUCUCAUAAAAUCGCGAACGAAUCAAUGGCGAUAAGGAAAAGCAUACGAAAAUCUGGGGCCCAUGAAUCGAGUUAUUUGGACCAUACUCCCAAUACGACACUGGCCGUAAAGAAUUUGCGGCAACUUAGCAGUCUCGACUACAGUAUGUUCGACCAUUUUAACCACACCCUUUGGGAAAACAUUAAAUCUAAAGGAGAUGCAUUUCGAUAUGACUUAAAACAAUUUGAUGAUAAAUUGAGAGUUAUUCAGAGGAAAUGCAAGUAUACAGAGGAAAGUCAAACACUAAAUGAUGACUAUAUAAGGAAAGUUGCAGACGAGAGUUCGUCGUCACGUGACUAUAGAUGUCACCGCAUGUUAUUUCCACCUAAUUGGUACAGUCAUUACAUACUUCACCCAAAACAGGAAAAUAAGACAAACAAAACCAUAACUUAAAAAACUGUUUUAUAAUUGAGUAGAUGAACGAGAUUUGCAAAUUCUGUAUUUGUUUGCUGAAAAAGGCCUGAGUUAUUCCCCGAUUGACUCAAUGUUAAAAACAUUUGUUCUUCAACAUGUAUUGCAUGACUUCAAUAUAAAUGAAAUGUCCGUUAGUGUUGUCUCAAAUGAUGAGAUAAUGGUACUGGAAUGGUGGUGGGGGGGGGUAUUAGACGGUCAUCGUUUCUUUCCACAUGAGAUUAUGAUUUUGGAUAGUUGGGGUUUGUUUUCCAUGACUGGUCAUUUCCCGUUGGCACUUUCUACC